AUGGACGGUUCAAUCAGGAUAUGUGGUGACUUUAGGUUGACGAUUAACCAGGCUGCUCCUUGUGAAAAAUAUCCAUUGCCAAAGAUCAAUGAUAUAUUUGCCUCUUUAGCUGGAGGUCAGUUGUUCACCAAGUUAGAUCUGAGCCAAGCUUAUCAGCAGGUGGCGCUGGAUGAGACGUCGCAGAAGAGCUUGGCUGAGGCAGAAAGUAGAUAUGCGCAGAUAGACCGCGAAGCACUCGCAUCGUUGUUCAGUGUGAAGAAGUUCCACCAAUACUUGAGUGGAAGAGCAUUUACAAUCCUUACCGAUCACAAGCCGUUGGUCUGGUGGUUAGGAGAGAAUAAGGGCGUGCCGUUGAUGGCAUCAGGUCGCAUGAAGCGUUGGGCAAUAAUGUUGUCUGACUAUUAG